AUGUGCAAACUUUUGGUUAUUUUGGCUAUUGUGGCUUCGGCUUCUGGAAAAUCCACACCUUCAACUCCAGUUUCUUCGGAAAAUAAGCCACCGUCAGAUUGGGUGAACACCUGGAAGGAUCGAGUCUCGAAGAACUCUCUCCUGGCAGUUCACAAUCAUUUCUACCCCUACAAAGAAGUGGAGAAACCGAAAAUAGACGAUGAAUCGAAGGACAAACUUCGCAGCGCUUUUGUCAAGGAACCAAUCGAAACGAUCCGAGCGAAGUUCCAGAAACUAAUGACUUAUUGUGCCAGAGAUAAUAUUCUUUGCGCUGAAAUCUACUACGGAUUAUGGCCGGAAUUUGUUAAGCGAUUUCCUCAUCCAGCUACACUUUCCGGGAUGCUGAAUAUGGGAAAUGUGUAUCUGCCGAUUAAUAGUUAUUGGAAGAUUUUUUAUGAGAGAAACGUUCAAAUUUGUGCGGAGAAGAAGACGUUGGCGACGAGGAGGAUUGUGGAGGCAGCUAGGAUGUUGGAAAAAGGAUUGGUUGGAGAAGAAGAGGAAGAAGAGAAUCCAAUGCCUCCUGGCCCUGAAGACGUCUGGAUGUGGAACCAAGAUUGGACUCUUAACUCUAAACUAGCCUGCUCUGAAUGGCUCAUCAAACUUUUCAAAGCUCGAAAGUUUGCAAAUUUGAGCUUAGAAGAGGUGGAAAGUGAACACAUUGCACUGAAAAGUCAACUGAUUCCUGGAAUUUUCGGCUUCGUAUUCGGCCCAUUUCCACUUUUUAAAACUCGCUCCAAAGGCUGGGGAUUCUUGGUUCCGAAUUGGAAGGCUGUUGAGAAGGCGUUGGAGGAUCCGGAUGUCUCGUUUAUUGAAAUGAAAACUGACGCUAAAGAGGACGCUGUGAAGAAGAGGUUCCCGUUGAGAAGUUUCUACGAAACUGUCCAGAAUAAUGUUUAUGAGUUCGGAGAGUAUCCGAUUUCUGAGGAUCGGAAGGGGUUUGAGAUGGAUGAGGCGGGAUUGGUUCGAUUCUAUCAGAUGGACCAUCCGACUGGAGAGGGAAAUGUUGGUGAUCCGCUGACGAAACAUUUUGCAAAGGAUUUGAAAGAGCAGGUCUUGAGACCAACUAGAUAUGAGCAACUUUUCCGAGUGGUUCUCGAUUCCAUCCAAACCACUCAAUUCUGGACGAGCUAUAGCGAUCGAUACAGACAAGAAGUGGCAAUUUGGUACCCUGAAAAAUCGUGGAAAUCCGGAGAAAUCGAUAUGAUGGAAGGAGCGAUCGCGGCGGCUGUAGUACCAGCUGGUACAGUAUCCCGACGGAGUGUUCAUAAAUUAUGGGUCACAUUGACGAAUCAAUCGACAGGACAUGUGAUUGGAACUGGAAUUAAAGCGAUGGUACAGGCACCAAAGGGGUUUAAGCUGGUUGGAGCGGAUGUGGACUCACAGGAGCAAUGGUUAGCAGCAUUGUAUGGAGAUGCGAGUGCUGAGAAACGAUUGCCUCUGGAACAUCGUGUUCCCGGAAAAACGGCAUUCUCGAAUAUGAUGCUUGCCGGCUCGAAAUCUGACAACACUGAUCUCCACUCCGUCGUCGCUAAUCAGCUAAAAAUCAGUAGAAAUCAUGCGAAAGUGCUCAAUUACGCAAGGCUAUACGGUUCCGGAGAAACGCAUGCUGGAAAACAUUUGAUGAGAGUUGGAGGCAUGAAACAAACGGACGCAGAAGCCACAGCUUCACAAUUAUUCAAAUUGACGAAAGGAGAAACGGCGAAAUAUAUGAAAGUGGACUCGAAAAUGAAUUGUUUGGUGGAUCGAUACAUUGAGGAAAUGCAGAAAAAUCCAGAUGAAUCCAAAAUUCUGACUAUCGAUGGAGUUUACUAUUUGCCUAGUUAUUCGAGCCAAUUUUCAUAUGAAACUGUUGGAUUUGAGGAUUGGUUGCUUUCAAAGUAUUCGGAUCUUCUUAAUGAUGGGUCCCACCACGAUAAUCUGAUUUACUCGAUUUACGAGAAUCCGGCGGAGCCUAGAAAACUAUUUGUUGGAGGAUAUGAGUCGUCGACGUUUAAUUUCUUGGAGACAUCCGCUGCUGCUCACGACCUAAGGACCCCAAUUCUAGGCUGCCAGAUUGCAGACUCGUUGGGAAAAUUGCCGGAGGGAACGCCGGAUUCAGCGUUUUUUGAUCGGAAGUAUAAGAGAUCGGUUAUGAAUUGGAUCGUCCAAUCUUCCGCUGUCGACUUCCUUCAUCUCCUCCUGAUUUCGAUGCAAUGGCUGUGUGACACCUAUCAAAUCGAUGCGCGAUUUGUGAUCUCAAUCCACGACGAAGUUCGAUACAUGUGCGCUGAAAAGGAUGCUCCGAGACUUGCUCUGGCUCUUCAGUUAUCCAAUUUAUUGGUUAGAGCAUACAUUUCACACAGAGUCGGCAUUUGUCAGUUGCCUAAUACAGUUGCCUUCUUCUCUCAAGUCGAUUGUGAUACCGUACUCCGAAAAGAAGUCGACACUGAAAGUAUCAAUCCGGACGGCACUAAACCCCAGGACGGUGUAGCUUGGACCAUCGAGGAUCUUUUGAAAUUGACCGGUGGAAAAUUGGAUCUCCAAUGA